GGUGGAUUUUAACAGUUGAUUUGGAUUUGGGUGACAAUCCUCUCCCUCCAGCCUUCCCUAGCAUGUCAAACUGGGAGGAUUUGUACCAGGGAGCUUUGUGCAACUCAACUAUUGUUAUUUAGUGUCCUGUAUAAACGCUGCAAUACCAGAAACUUCUGAUGGCACCAGUGAAGGGGGACUCAAAACUUGAAUACCAUUUUGCUGGUAUCCCAGGCCCUGAGCAGGUUACAAAGGGGAGGUGGCUGACUUUUUGCCCAAGAACUCUCCAGUCAGCCUGGGUUUGUACAGGAGACCUGCACUGAUGAAAAUACCAAACUUGGAUGAGUCUAAAAUGGCAUCUUGUGGGUUUUGGUGGAGAUAUAGAAAUUUUGAUUCAUAAAGAUGCUGCAUGGUCAAUGAAGGUUUACUUUCCUACUUGGAUAUAUUUGAAGUAAGCAUGGAAGAAAAAUGAGUGUCUUGUUUUGUUUAGGGUUGUUUUUUUCCUGAAGUAGCUCAUAGUUGUGUGAGCUUCAGCUAAUGAAAUCCAUCUUGCAUUAUUCGCUUGGGAAGAUUCCUCUGACUGCAGGUCCAGUUAUCUAGAGCUACCAGAUUUGUUCAGAUACUUUAUCCUGCCAGUGUCUAAUAAGACACGCAGAGGAAGCAUCACCACAGCAAGAGUGGAAAGUCGGUUACAGGGGAAGGUGUUUAUAGUGGUGUGUUCACCGUACUGGCAGAGCUGGUGCUGAGUGACACAUGUACAAAACUGAUCAAUCUUGGGUUCAAACUUGAACCAGAGCUUGUUUCAUUAUUCAGAGUACCUAAGAAUAAAAAAAGACUAUGCUUAAACAUUUUUAAUUGCAUUUAAAAAUAUCCUGUGUGAUGCCUAGGCAUUACAGUUAUCCCAUGUUCUCUGAAUAACACAGGUCUUCUAGUGAAAGAUCUUCCAGCUGAAAUUCACUGUUCCAGCAGAACAAUAUUGACCAAAAUGGGCUGUCAAAGAUACUUGCCAAUGUCAAGGUGUACUCCCAUUUUUUGUCACUUGUUCCUGCUUACACAGUCCACAGGGCAUCAGAGAACAUCUUGUAAAGGACUAAGGUAUCUGCACAGAGCUACAGAAAGGCUGUGUGUAAUGUUCCCUACAUCACACAUUAAAAUAUGCUGUGUUAUAACUUGCAUCCCCUGAUGCGUUUCUUUUCCACUGGACCUAUUACUUUUCUCAUGGCAAUAACUAGACCGCAAAACAAAUAUCAGCAAUAAGACUUAAAAUGCAGAAAAUCAAUUAAUACUUACAGUUCUGUCGGCUGUUGUAAGUCUAUAUGUGGCUUGCACAAGAACUAAUAUAUUGUGAUGGAGAUGUAGUUUAAAAAUGUGCCUAUAUAUGUGCACUCUUUCAUAAUGAUGGACUCAUGGUUAUUAAAAGAUCUAGUUGUUUACUUUGAUUAUAUAAUUAAAACAUUAAGCAUAGUACUGUGUUGACAACCUUUUUGAUUCAUUAAGGGCAGAAUUAUUAACUUUCAGUUCCUGGUUCUCAUUUGUAGCAUGAACCCUAUGAGGUUUGUUUGUUUGUUUAAAAAAACCAAACCAAACGCAUAAGUCAGAGGUAGUAAACACUGUCACCCUGGCAGUGGUGCAUAGUUCUCAGGUAAGAGCUGGAUGCUUUAUCUGGACAGCUUACAAAGCUUUGAAUUUCUCCAUCUGUGGGACGCAGCACCCCAUGCACCUAGCUGUGGAACUGCCUUGAACACCUCUUUCUGCUGGAGGCAAGAGAGAAGGUGUGCAGGAUGACAGCCUCGUCCAUCGCUUACGGGAUCUCACCGCCUAGUCCUCCAUCCCAGCACCACUGAGUCCUCACGCCCUCAGACUAGCUUCGCUUCUCUUGUCAGUGUAGAUGCCAGUUGUAGGGUCACCUUUGGGACUCACCCGUGUCCUGGUAUCCUUCAUCUUCGUGUUGGUCCUGCUAGCAUCCCCUAAAGGCAUUGGUUUAGCUGGCGAUGCUGCAGAGGGGAUUAGAUUCCAGCCAGGACCGUGAAGAUGCCCACAUUCCACCGCUGUCUCCUGUCCCGGGCUCAGCAUCUACACCUCCCGUGGGAGCAGAAGUGGCCGGGGCACUGCGGGCUUGCCUGUUUUGGGGACUUGCGAAGAGUGUGCCAUGCAUGGAAUGUUCUGGCCCUGGAUGGCAGUAACUGGCAGCGAAUUGACCUGUUUGAUUUCCAGAGGGAUAUUGAGGGCCGCGUAGUUGAGAAUAUUUCUAAAAGAUGUGGGGGCUUCUUGCGGAAGUUAAGCCUGCGUGGCUGUCAAGGAGUGGGAGACAAUGCAUUAAGGACAUUUGCACAGAACUGCAGAAAUAUUGAAGUAUUGAACCUAAAUGGCUGUACCAAGAUCACAGAUGCUACAUGUACCAGCCUCAGUAAGUUCUGCUCUAAACUCAGGCACCUUGAUUUGGCUUCCUGCACUUCCAUAACCAACCUGUCUCUGAAAGCACUGAGUGAGGGAUGCCCACUGCUGGAACAGCUGAAUAUCUCCUGGUGCGACCAAGUGACUAAGGAUGGCAUCCAGGCUCUGGUGAGAGGCUGUGGUGGACUCAAAGCCCUGUUUCUGAAAGGCUGCACGCAGCUUGAGGAUGAAGCUCUGAAAUACAUCGGUGCACAUUGUCCCGAACUGGUGACUUUAAACCUUCAAACAUGCUUACAAAUAACAGAUGAUGGUCUCAUUACAAUAUGCAGAGGAUGCCACAAGUUACAAUCCUUGUGUGCUUCAGGCUGCUCUAACAUUACAGAUGCCAUCCUGAAUGCCCUGGGACAGAACUGCCCAAGGCUUAGAAUAUUAGAAGUUGCAAGGUGUUCUCAACUAACAGAUGUGGGCUUUACCACUCUAGCUAGGAACUGCCAUGAGCUUGAAAAAAUGGACCUGGAAGAAUGCGUCCAGAUAACAGACAGUACACUAAUCCAGCUUUCCAUACACUGUCCACGGCUUCAGGUUCUGAGUUUGUCCCACUGUGAGCUGAUCACGGACGAUGGGAUUCGUCACUUGGGAAACGGCGCCUGCGCACACGACCGCUUGGAGGUGAUCGAGCUGGACAACUGCCCUUUGAUCACGGAUGCCUCCCUGGAGCACCUGAAAAGCUGCCACAGCUUGGAGAGGAUAGAACUGUACGACUGUCAGCAAAUCACACGGGCAGGGAUCAAGAGACUCAGGACCCAUUUACCCAAUAUUAAAGUCCAUGCCUACUUCGCGCCUGUGACUCCACCUCCUUCGGUUGGAGGCAGCAGACAACGCUUCUGCAGAUGUUGCAUCAUCCUAUGACACUGGAAGUGGUCAUCCUUGCAAACUGAGUAUUUAAUUACACUUGUAGAAUUACGGUGGACACCAGUAUCUUCAAGGAAAGCGAUACCAGUGUCAUUUGCAAGGGCCAGUGAGCAGGGCUGUGGCGCCAGGCCCCUGUAGCCACCCAUACACAUACAUAUACACACCCCACCUGUUCCAGCAAACUGAUGAACUCGGCAGUACGGGAGCUGGAGCUGUGUUGGCUUUUUCUGUAGGUGGAUUGGUAUAAUUCUGAACCAUUCCUACUGGGCAUGCUCAGAUGAAAUCAUUGCGGUAAGGAGGGGAGGUUUUUGCGAACCCAGAAUGACUGUUGCUGCUGUUGAGGUUGGAAUAGUAACUGAAACGUGUUGAAAUGGGGAGAGGGGGAGAGGAAAGGAACAUGCUUUAACCCUGCAUCCGUUGUCCAGAAGAAAAAAAAAAAAAAAAACCAACCUGAAAAUCCCAACAAGUUUUGUGUCCAUUUUUCAGUGAGGGAAUGAAACAGCAGCUGUUGUGAGACAUGAUUUACUCGUGCUUCUCUACUUCCCGUUCCCUGCUGACCACCCUGAGCAUGCUCACAUUGAAGGUUCACCUGUUUCUUCUGUGUUCUGUAGCAUCCAGCUCAGAGGCUUCCUAGAUUGUUGUGAUAUAGCUUGAAAUCUGUAAUGUCAGGCUCAGGUUUUUUUUACCCUCCCUACAUCCUGCUUUUUUUUACAGAUUUCUAAUUCAGUAAUUUUUUGAGAUUUACCAAACAAAAGUUACAAAUCAGUAAUUGAAAUUUAAAAAAGUACUUUUUACCAUUAGAAGCCUGAGCCUGUAAUGACCUGUUAGGAAGGUUUUUAAAUGGCAAGUGAGCUGCGCUACAGGCUAGGCUCUUGUAGGCUUCUUGGCCUGUUUUUAUCAGUGGUUGGGUGUCCGAAUUUGUUUUGCAUUUCAGGUUUUAUCCCAGCGACAAGAAUAUAACUCUUGAUAGAGGGGAAAAAGUUAUAGUCUCUGUUCCAGUGACUGUAAGUUCCCUACUCCUCCUGUCCUGUCCCUCUGACCCUUCAUCCUGCCCCCAAGGAAAAGCAAAGUAGAAUCUUUUUGCUUGUUGCCCUGAUCAAGAAAUAAUCACUCGCUAAUGGAAGUGGGAGGAGCAGCAGGCCUGAAAAUAUGCCCUCGAUUAUUGUCACGUUUUUGUACACUGAGGUGCGAGUGCUGGGUGAUUUUGCUGACAUUUGCAUCUUCUGCAGGUAAGUGUCUUGCCCUGGAGAAGGAACCAUCUGAAUGAAAUGGGGCUUUGCUAUGUGCCCGUCCUUCCCAGCUGUCAGAGUAUGUGUUCAUAGCAGCUGGUUUUGAGGCAUUCCAGGCAAGAUUAGCCCAGGUGCUUCAGAGGAGCGUAGACAGCCCGGGCCAGCUCUGUGAACUCCCAGUUCCUUGAUGCUGGCAGUUCCAGAUGCCCAGUAUGAAACGUGAACAGAUGGGCAGACGCCAAGGGUUUAAUGGGGCAGAACUUGGUCAAACUCUAACAGGUUUGUGGAAGACGAGCUGACGUGUAAGUAAUUGCGCUCUUCCUGCUGUCUGCACCCUGGGAUGGAAGGGAGCACACAUGUUUAUGGAUGGUUCCCAGCUGACUGAGGCAGAGAGGAGCAGGUCUGUUUAAUCAUCCUAGCUGCCAGCAGCCAAGGAAGUGGCGCUUCACCUCUAUGCUGAAGAAUCUUGCGGUGGGGGAAGAGCAGGGUGCAGCACGAGGAGUGGCUGUUUUAGGGUCCUGGGGGCUUGGUUUUUCACUGGGGGUUUGCUUUGAGGGCAGUGUGUUGCUUCCCACCCUCCUACCGCUGUCUGAGCUAUUCAGGCAGUCAGAAGGGUCGCUUAGUACCACCGAAGCUGUAUCCCCUUCAUCUAGAACUUAAAUUUCCCCCACCUAUCUGUAUAUGCUUAACAAAGUCUUGCAGAUGCACAGUCUGCUGGGAGGAAAUCCAGUAUGCUGUGUUUAAAAGGAUACUGUCAAUUCCUUUCCUGUAGAUCGCUUUUAAUCCGUUAUAUUUAUUCAAAUCCUCUUUAGCGCUGUGGACUCUCUCCUCAACGAGCAUGUUCCUAUACUUCAUUUGCAGAACUCCUUUCUCCGAUUUUCAGGGUGGCAGAAGAUAAUGGUGCUUCCCAUGGUAACAGACUGACUCUGAGCGGGCGGGUGCGCCUGGGGCAGCACCCAGCAAUCACAGUAUUUGCACAACUCUGGGAAGAACACUUUGUUUAGUUUAUACUGUGGCAGGGGAGAGCUAAAAUGGAUUUGCAAGCCAGGGUGUAGUUGGCUGACUGAUUUCAUUGUAACAGAGCAUGAGUUUUCAAGGGAAAGCUCAAGAAUACAGAACCCAAAGCUUUUUUUUUUUUUUUUUUUUCCAAACAGGGUGACAGCAUUAAGGUAGCUCAAACUACUUGACAGUGUCCUUUUAAGUCAAUUAUCCGUCUUCAAAUGGACUCUUCCUUAUGUUUGUAUUUAUAAAUACCAAUAAACACCAUUUUCCAA